AUGUUUCACACUCCUCCAAUCAACGAUCCAAAUUUUGAUGGAGGUCAAACUAUCAGGGAAUCUUACCAGAGCCAAGUUGAUGGGUCUUCCCCUGAGCUAUCUAUUUCUUCCAGCAAUGGUGCCGGAUCACUUACAAAGGAAGAAAUAGCGCUGGAAUUGGACCAGAUAGUGGAAGUACCACUUGAGCUGGCUCGUUUGGAAGACAAUUUUGUGGAUGGCUUGAAACAACCGAAAUAUUUGAAGCCAUUGAGUGUGAUGCAAUUAUCAGGCCUUUUUCAGAGUUUCUACACAAAAUUCGAUAAAGCUGCGUUCCAAUAUCUGACCAGGGCGCCAGAGGCACUCAGUAAUAAUGGAUUUCUAAGUGCGCGAGAGACUUUGAGCAGCGGCAUCAGUGGGAUUUUCAAUCGCAGCAGAAGCAGUAGCGACACAGCACGCAAAAGAUCGUCUUCACUUUUUAGCACGGACUCCACAGGUGGAGUUCAACCGUUAUUAACACCAGAGGAGAUCAAUAAGCAUCUUCGCACUACCGAGCUGAAUAAUCGAAAGGUCGAAAAAUUACUGGAGUUAUGCGAACAUGAUGUCUUCCAAAAAAUACUGGAAAUGGGGACCUCAGUGCCCAGCACCAGCUCUUUGAAACCGGACAAGCCAUUGCGUAAUUUGAAAGCUACAAAUCUGUUCAAAAACAGUCCCGAGUUCAUGGAAUUUGAUAGAAUGAUGUGGGAAAAGAUGUUGCUGUUAUCGAAUAUGGCUAAAUGUGGAAAACUGAAUCUAAUGGAGUUUUUAUCGGUACCAAAGGGACCACUAGACGAGGACAAGCUGGCAGAACACUUGGAUAGGAUGGUUUACGGUCCAUUAGCGCCUUACGAAAAGCUACUAAACGUUAUAGAGCUGCAUGACGAAAUGUCAAGUUCUCUGAAUCAUAUGAGUAACGACGAUUUUCUUUCGACGCUAAUAUAUUUGCUCAUCCAGUUUCCAGUCAAGCAUAUGUUCAUUAACUUGCAAUUCAUCAAACUAUUUCGUUACAAUAAGAAAUUAGUGGAAAAGGAUUUGUAUGCGCUUACCAAUUUGGACGCGGCAUUGACUUUCUUGCAGAGUCUAACAAUCUCGUCACUCCCCUCCGAAACCCAGUGCCAAUUGAAUGAAGCAGAGGAGGCUUGUUUACAGGUUCCCAUUUGUGAAAAAGUCAUCUUACCCGAGACGCAAUCCGCGGCUGUGAGCGUAACUCCAAAUUACUCUACUCUUCCCCGGUCAAACUCAUACAAAGAAUUUGAGGGCAUCAGAACAGCCUUUGACUCAUCACUGCGCAACAUCUUUGGCAAAAUCCGGUCUUACACACCUCCCUCAGGUCCUUCGGUAUCAACCAUCACGCCCGAUAAGACAUCGAAUGGAAUCUCAAAUCGCUCAGCACUAUCGAUAGAUGAUUCGGUUAAAAAACCCUUCUCAGCUCCAGACUCAUGGCGACAACUGGGAAAUCGAAAUUUCGAAGACCUGAAAAUGGGUGAACUCAAAGAAAUUUUCGAAAACUAUAAAAAGCUUUUGGAUGCAUUAGAUAGCUAG